CAAUGUUGCCCAAUAUUAAAACCCUUUGAAAAUUCAUCUUCUUCACUCCUCUCUGCAACUGCCGCUCUUUUCCUUCUUUUCGCUUCUCAAAAGCUCAAUCCAUCUCAAUGCUCGCCUUUUAUAUGGAGAAUGUUUGGUGAACGUUCUUCUAGAAUUUCAGUGCAAUUUCUACAAUCACCGCAGAAAGGAAGGAGAGUAAUAACUUUUUCGGAGGCAAAUUCGAUGCUAAAAACGACCUAUCGAUAGCAGGGUAUCAUGAUUUGAAUCUUUGAAGCAAAAAUUAAUGGACUGUGGAUCGUCUCUUCCGUAUAUAUGGUGCUUCGAGGCAUUGGCAUGCUCUAAUCGUGUGGAUGCAUCUCUUUUACUAGAUUUGCUUAGGAAGACACCACAAAUAAGCAAGGAUAUUGGGAAAAAUGCAAGGGAAUGGGGGUCACUGAAAUUUCUAGAGAGUUUAUCCAUUCAUGGAGCUCGUGCAAAUUCUGCAUCUUCUUCCUCGAGGGAAAAAGUUAUAAUUGAUCCAUCUGACCGUUGUGAAGAUGUACUGCGACGAAUAUUGAGCGAGAAAUCUGUAUCUGAUCUGAAAGCUUCUGGACCAGAGAUAUCAAAGUGGGAUCUCAAGCCCUUCAUAGAACAUAAAAAAUCUAACUUGCCUAGAUAUGCUCUGAAACAGCUGAAGGAUGCAAUUCUUACAGGAAGCCCAUCUAUUCCGUCAUAUAUAAGAGAACAAAGUGGUUUUCCAGUUGGGAGUCACGCGGAGCCUCAAGCCCCAGCAGAAGAUGGUAAUUGCUAUGGAAGUUCGCCUGGAGCCGAAAGCCACACUGAUGAUGGUAGCCUUUUGCCAAGGGAUUUGCCUGAUGAAAACUUAGUACCAAGGAAAAAGAGAUACAGCGAAAGUCCAGCUGAACAGUUUUGUAUAACCUGCAUAAGCCCCGUCAAGAAGAAUAAGGUUUCUCAUUGUGACAAUGGGCGGAAUAACAAACCUGAGGAGCAGCAGAGGCAAGAACAGAACAUUGAAGGAGAAGGUGGCAAGAAUGAAGCCCAUGACCUCAAAACAACUAAUGAUGAUGUCAAAUUGAAAAUUGUCAAUAGUGGAGCUCAAAAUAUUUUAGCAGAUGCAUCUAAAAGAUACAGUGCAGAAAAGUGCAGCUUAGAGAAAGAAACUUGUGUGGAGGUCAUGAAGCAAAAUGGGUCUGCUGGGAAUGGUAAUAGCCAGGGUAAUUCAAUAAAGGAGCUUCACAUUUUGCCCCAUCAUGGUACUGAAGUGCUGAAUGAAAAAUUUGAUGUGGCAAUGCAAAAUAACGAUGAUGAAACCAGAGAAAAUGACAUGAAAAGUUUCCAUGGGCUCAAAUCGAUUAACGAGGACAUUCAUAAGGAUGACCAAAAUGUUCAUAGAACUGUCACAACUGUUGGUGAAGCUGAAGCUGGUGUACAUAUUUCCAGUGAUAAUGAUGGAUAUCAGGACGAGGAGGCAGCUAUUUCCACACAGAAGGAAACAUUUUUGAGCUAUCAUUUGACAUGUAGUCAAAAUUCAUUAGCAACAAACGAUGGAAGAGAACUACAUUUUUGUAUGAAAUGUCACAUGGCUGGAGAAUCUGAACAUAUGUUGUCUUGUAUUUCUCCUACCUGCCCUAUAAUGAUUCAUGAAAGCUGUUUGGAUUCAGAUGUGAGCUUUGACACAAGGGAGACAUUUUACUGCCCGUUUUGUGCAUAUUCUCGGUCAAUAUCCAAGUAUAUGGAAGUUAAGAAAUCUGCCUUCUUGGCAAGAAAGGACCUUGCAACAUUUUUUUCCUUGGGGCCGCAAAAUAAACCAAACAUACAGACCUGUAGAUCAGUUGGGUUGGAUGGAAAUUGUUUGAAACAAAAUGAAGGGUUGCCUAAAAGUAAUGAACCGAAAGAGAUAAAUGUUGUGGAGAAGGUCAAUGAUCAUCAAGAAACGAAGAAACUGGAACAUGAGCAGGCAGGGAAUUCAAAGUUACAUUCUGAUUUCAGCCCUCCCUUUGGAAGAAAAACAUCAGACUCAACUGAUAUAUUAGUUCAUAGUUUUAAAACGGUUAAGCAAGAUACGAAAGGAUCUAGGCGAAAAUCCCUACGCCUGGCAGGUUGCAGACCAAAACCCAUUGCUGCAGAGGCAGUUCAUAACUCUCCGAGUGAAACUGUGGCCUCAGUGACAAGUGGGAGUGUAAAGCAUGCUGAUGUCAAAUCCAGAAAGGGAGUUCCACGCCCACCAGAAACAAAUUUACCUUGCGAGCAUAAAUGCUCACAAAGCUCGCAAUCAAAUAAUGCAGAUGAAUUAUCUGAAGAAGAGAAUGAGGAUUCUGGAUCUUCCAAGCGCUGUUUAAGGUUUCGAAAACAAAAAGAGCAAAACUUACGCCCAGCAAUUCCUCAAUUGAAGAGGAGAAAACUCUGGUGGACAAGUGAAGAAGAGGACAAAUUGAAGGAGGGGGUGCUUAAAAACCAUCACACUGGUUUUAGCAUCCCAUGGACAACGAUUUUGGAACAGGGUAAAUGUACGUUCCACCCAAGUCGUACUCCCGUGGACCUCAAAGAUAAAUGGAGGAACAUGUGUAAGGCCAACUCAAAAUCCAAGAUGAGAGUUUGCUGAUGAAUUGUGGUUGAAUAUACUUUUGCUUCUAGCUUUGUUAGAAGGGUCUAUAUUUUUAUUUUUGAACUGUUAUGCUUCUUUUGCUGGUAAUUAGAUAUUACUACAACUCUGUGUGUAGUAUGUGUACUCUGUACUUUUUGAGUUUUUAAGCUUUGAAGGCACCCUAAGUGAUUUAUAGUA